GCCACUGCUCAACGAUGGAGCUAUCGUAGCGAUGGAGAUGACGCAAACGGACCCCGCUCCGCCAAAAAGUGUUCAAGACGAACAUGGCGGCAACUUAACCCAGGUCCAAGAUGACUGUGGAAAUCGGGAGAAAAGAUCCAAGGCAUUCAACCCAGAUAGGAACCGGAAAAAUCAUCUGGGGUACAAUCAAACGGCUUUUGCAUUCUCAUAAUUGAAUCCGGGAAACCGCAGCAGUAACGGCAACAGCACGGAUAAGCUCGCCACAGCUGGUCUCUCUGCGCGCGAGCACAACCCGGGAGAGCAGAAAAGAGGGAGCCAGGUGCGAGGCAUGCGGUUACAGAGAACGUGGUUUCCCCCCGGAGAGCCAUGGAGAACCGGGAUGAGGCAGCGCGAGGCUUAAUCUGUGCGGGCGCGCUAAUUGGAUCGGAAUAACACACGGACGGCGUCGGGCGCGAGAGAGGAGCGCCCAGGACCCGCGGCGGCACGGCAGGCCACCGUUACCGAGUAGAAAUAACGGAGUCCAUCUCCCAAAGUCAAUGAGUAUAGUGGCAGAGGAGCCCCCGCGGUGGAGUCGGCCAGAGCUGCGCUUUUCCUAAAAUAUGACCAGGGGUGCUUGGAUGUGUCGGAAGCAAGAUGACGGCUUAAAAAUCUGGUUUGCACCCCGAGAGAACGAGAAGCCAUUUACCGAGUCGGAGCGGGCCCAGAGAUGGCGCCUGUCGCUGGCAUCUCUUCUCUUCAUCACGGUCCUGCUCUCUGACCACUUGUGGUUCUGCGCGGAGGCCAAACUGACGCGGACCCGAGACAAGUGGCAGGACAAGCGGCUCGCCUUUACCGACAUGGUCGAGUACCCAAACUCCACUCACCACCACACCCCCUCCUCUGACCCCCAUUCCCCCCACGGCCGCCUCGCCAGAAAGCCAGAUGUUAUUUUUAUAGGGAAUUCUACCAAACCUCUGUGUCGACUGGACACCUGUCACCCGGACAGCUUGUCCAAAGACUGCUUCACUUUCACGGACGCAGAGCCGGUGUGCCUGGGCCUCUCCGGGGGCGGUGAUGGGACGCAGUCGGCGGACUUGAAUCUGAGCGAUUUGUAUCUUUCUUUUUGUAAUUCCUACUCUCUUUUGGAUUUGUUUAACGGGUUUACAAGUCCGGACAAUAUAAACUGCAGCCUGGACGUGGCUGAGGGUGACACACUGGGAUGCAGCGAGUGUGUCCGGGCUUACCAGCGCUUUGACCGGCAAGCUCAGGAGGACUACCGGGAGUUUGAGCUUUUGGUUGAGAAAUAUGAGACGGAUGAAUACUCGGUCAGGACAUGUAUGGAGGAAUGCAAGACGGUAUAUAAGCCCUGGCUGUGUUCGCAGUACUUCCAGACCACCCAGAUGCACUGCAGUAAGAGGAUCCUGUGUGGCCAGUACUGUCUGGAGGUGCAGCAGAGGUGUCCCUUCAUCUUGCCCGACAACGACGAUCUCAUCCACGGAGGAAGCCCCAGUUUUAUAUGCACAGGGCUGUUGGAGGAGUACCCUGGGGGCGUGGAUGCAGACGCGGAGUGCUGUGAUGUCCGGUGGGACUUCCAGCCAGAAGUGGAAAACAACCAUUCACGUGGUACCCUCAAAAGAACUCACCCGUCCUGUCACCACCGUACCUCUCUCAGUUCCUCGGCCGUGUGCAGACUGUGCAACAGCCGGCUCAAACUCUGCCUGCUAGUCCUUGUCCUCCUGCACACUGUCGCCUCCCUCACCGCAUCCCACAAUGCAACGGGACUGGGCCUGGGCCUCCCCACCUCCCUCGCCCCUCUGGAGGAGAGCUCCCCCGUCAAUGAGGAUUGAUGGGAUGGCCGAGGAUUUACAUUGUCACGACAAUAUGAAACAUCUCCACCUUGGUCGGGAAUGCUAUGUGCUGUUGGUUAGACAUCUGCAGCCGCUGUGCUUUCUGGGUAAUUGAGUCUUUGCAGAGGUGUGGGACUACUUGGAGACGGAGGACAUGCAAAUCAAUCAAAACAAACAAACAAACAAAGAGACAAAAACAUGACAGUGGCGGGAACAUGGGACAAUGCCGCAGCCUUUGUUGAGUAGGAAGGCCUCCUCACUGCUGAGUUUCUCUCACUGCGCUUUUUUACACUGUGUUCCUGUUCUGGCUUUCUGUUGCACUGGCUGACUACAGGAUAACACUCACUGUCCUUUUAGAAUGUCCAUCCUUUAUGUUGUUCCUUUAUGGGUCUCUUGUGCAGGAAGGAAAUGUCUCAUCGAUAUAGGAUAGAUAACAUGUAUCAAAAAGCAAAGUUGUGAGUGUGUGCAUACUUGUAUGUGUGUGAUUGUGUGUGGGUGUCUACUCUGAAGUCUCCACUUAUUUGGGUUCCCAUUCCUAAAGCUGCUUUAGAUGUAGGAAAGGACACUCUAAAAUGUUGGAGUAGUAGUUUGUUCUCAUGGUUCCGUGUGGCUCAGUUGGUAGAGCAUGGUGGUUACACCACCAGGGUUGUGGGUUCGAUUCCCAUGGGGGACCAGUAUGAAAAUGUAUGCACUCACUACUGUAAAUUGCUUUGGAUAAGAGCAGCUGCUAAAAUAUAAACAAAUUAUCCCUGGUAAAGUCAACAUACACCCAGAUUACACUUCUGGCCAGUGAUACAAUUUUAACGCCUUUCAUUAUAGAAGACAACCCCUUGGUAUAGAAGUAUCCCACUAGCCUUUCUCUGAAUCCUGUCCCUACCACACACUCUGUCCAUUUCCUAUGUCCUCUCAGCCUAGCACUUCACACACAGGAGGUCUACUGUUUAUGUGUUUGUCUAAUCGGUACUUGCAUGUGGAGGCUCUCUUAAUUAUGUGAAAUUCACAGCCUUGUUGGUUUGCUUUGCAUAGCCUUAGCCCCCCUCUGUGUUAGAGAACACUACUGCACCCCAAAAAAACCACCAGUAAGGUAGCAUGUCCUCUGUUUUCAACUGCUUUCUUCAGAAAAUGUUAUUUAUCUCACAUUAUUUAAAGGGCUUAUCUCUAUAUACAAACACAGACUCACACAAUCACAAAAAUGUGCUUGAGGUAUGGCUUCAGGUAUCUCAGUUGAAACUGCAUGCUUAGGGGUACACCUUCAAAGGUAAGCGUUUGCUUAAAAGGUGUUUCACGUGUUGCUAUAGAGAGUGGGCAGGUGUAGGACCCAGUAUGUAGUAUGUUUGAGGAGAAACGUUGGGCGGCAGAGUAAGGUUGAGAAGCUCAAUGGCAGAUGUUAGCAUUACUAUUAGCAUUAUGGUUAGUAUGAGCUGGAAGAAAAGGCAAUCUUUAAGGGCUGUUUUUAUUAUUUCUUGUCCCUUUGUUUUCUAGAUGAUGAACUGAACUGAUAGAUAGGGGAGUCAGGUUUUGUAGGCCUAACAAAUGUAUGCUGAAUGCAGAAUUCUUCACUUUCAUGUCUGUUGAUUAUAUAUGUUAGCUGUCUAUUGCUAGGUCCGGCUUGUCAGUCUACUAGUCAACUAUAGGUCGCACAAAUUGAGAAACAAAUUAAAAAGUCGUUCUCUGCUUUUACUAUCAUUGCUCAUUCAUUGUUACAUUCUCCAUUGUGAGAUCUGUCUGAUGUUUACUUGUUGUCUCACUCAUAGUCAUGCUGCAUUCAUGACCCUCAGAGUGUUGGGAAAUGCAACCUGUAGACUCAGAGCAAUGGAGUUGUGUGCAUUCACAUGCUUUGAACUCAUUGAGAACACCAAUUGGCUAACGUCAAACUAGCAACUUCAAACAUAAACAUAUUAUCAUACUCAAAAGCAAAUUAUGUUGUUCAAAAACCAUACAAAUAGAUUGUACUUGAUAAAUAAUGUUUUGCCAUUGCAUUUAACUGCCGAAAAUGCUGUCAUCUAAGUAAUUUCAGGGAAGUUGGGGUCCAGAGAUGAUACCCGAGUUGCCAGGUUGUAAUUAGGACUUGGAAGCUUACAUUUUUUCCCCAGUGGGAAUCUCGUAUUUUAGAUUACUCCGAUUGGUUAUGAAUGCAGGAUCCGUUCAUUUGACCCCAUCAUCCCAUCAUCCCAUCAUUCCCUUGUUUCCUCUCUGGUUCCACGGCCUGAAAUUCCAUAGGCCAACAGUAGAGAGGGCUCUUGAGUAGGUUUAUUUCAAGCAUGCAGUAAUGAUGAAUUAAAGGUAGAAUGUCAAAGGAAGUCCUAGCAAGAUUGGACCACGGAAGAUGGGGUCAAAGAGAGUCAAAGCAGAUGCAUAGGGAUACAGGAGGCUGAGGUCUUCAGAAUCUAGUGAUGAUAGAGGUGUGUGUGUGUGUGUGUGUGUGUGUUUGUGUGUUUGUGUGUUUGUGUGUGUGUGUGUGUGUGUGUGUGUGUGUGUGUGUGUGUGUGUGUGUGUGUGUGUGUGUGUGUGUGUGUGUUCGAGGGGCUUCUAGUGGCACACUAAUUAGUCAGGUUCAGCACAGAGCCAGUCUUCUCUGGAGACCUCAUUAGCAUGGCGUAAAUUUCCUGUUUUCAGAGCCCUCAGGAGACACAACAUUAACUAGCCACUUUAAUCACUUCUUCAUCUUCAUCAGCACCUAACACCUACUGUACAUCAGCACACAGCAUACAUACACCUUCAUCAGCAUUACACCUCUAUCAGCAUCUCAUCUAGAUCUUCAUCAGCAUUACACCUACAAUACAUCUGAACGUCAUCUUCUAGUAAACAGCCUCAUUCUGUCCAUCUGAGAGAUGAGUGAAAAACAGGUUGACAAAGAUUCAGAGGGAAGGUAGGGAUAUGGAGAAAAAACAUAAACGGAGGGUGAAAUGAGAACGAGAGGUACAAAGGGGACCCUAGCCCAAACCCUAAAUCAGUGAGUGUGUGAUGUUACAGUAUGCAAGAGAAUCCCACACAUGGCCAGAAUAAAGCCAUGGCCAUUUUGGAGAGCUCUAAAUAGUAUGUCCUGAGAGAAAAUUGAUAUUAUCACCAAAUAUAAGACUAUUAUCAGCAGCUACAAUACCAUUUAGCCCCAUCCUGGUGCCAUCAGUAAAAGUGCCCUAAAAAGUCUUAUGUUAGCAUGUUAGCUUCAGUGCUAUUCUACUGCAUCAAGACAAUCCUUAUACUGUUUCUCCUGACUCUCACUCUUAUGUGUGACCCACACCUUGUAGGGGUGUAACACGUUAGUAGGCUGGAUAAAGUAAUC